AUGGAGAUAAACAACAACACAGUGGUGACAGAGUUCAUCCUCCUUGGUCUGACCCAGUCUCGAGAGAUUCAGCUCCUGGUCUUUGUGCUGAUCUCAGUUUUCUACCUCAUCAUCCUCCCUGGGAAUUUCUUCAUCAUCCUCACCAUAAGGUCAGACCCUGGUCUCACAGCCCCCCUCUAUUUCUUCCUGGGGAACUUGGCCUUCCUGGAUGCAUCCUACUCCUUCAUCGUGGCUCCCAGGAUGCUGGUGGACUUCCUGUCUGAGAAGAAGGUCAUCUCCUACAGAGGCUGCAUCACCCAGUUGUUUUUCUUGCACUUCCUUGGAGGAGGGGAAGGCUUACUUCUUGUUGUGAUGGCCUUUGACCGCUACAUCGCCAUCUGCCGGCCUUUACACUAUUCAACUGUCAUGAGCCCCAGAGCCUGUAAUGUAAUGCUGUUGGUUCUGUGGCUUGGAGGCUUUGCCCAUUCCAUUACUCAGGUGGCCCUCAUACUGCGUUUGCCUUUCUGUGGUCCAAACCAGCUGGACAACUUCUUCUGUGAUGUGCCACAGGUCGUCAAGCUGGCUUGCACAGACACCUUUGUGGUGGAACUCCUGAUGGUCUUCAACAGUGGUUUAAUGACCCUCCUGUGCUUCCUGGGCCUUCUGGCCUCCUAUGCUGUCAUUUUCUGUCAUGUUCAUAGGUCUUCUUCUGAGGGGAAGAACAAAGCCAUGUCCACAUGCACCACUCACGUUAUUAUUAUACUUCUUAUGUUUGGACCUGCGAUUUUCAUCUACACUCGUCCAUUCAGGGCCUUGCCAGCUGACAAGGUGGUCUCUUUUUUCCAUACUGUCAUCUUUCCACUGAUGAAUCCUGUGAUUUAUACCCUUCGCAACAAAGAAGUAAAAAGUUCCAUGAAAAAAUUAUUGAUUCAGCAUAUAGUUUGUUAA